CUCGUCGGCCCUGCGGCGCCGCCGGAGCCCUGACGCACGGAGCUCGGCUGCGAGAACGAGAGAGAAAGGGGCAGCAAUGGCGGCUCCGCUCGGUGCCCGCUGCUGAGGAGGGCGAAGGCGGCGGAGGGGCUCUGCCGUCGGCCCUGCGGCAUCGCGCCGGCCUCGAGCCGCCCGCCUUCUUUCGCCGACUGCCCUUGCUCUGUCCUGCUCUCCUCCGUCCUGGUCUGCGCUCCGCAGAGUCCGGAGCGGCUCGGCUCCCCCCAACCCCGGCCCGGCUUCGGCUCCCGCUGGCCCUGACUGCCCGGCCCGGCGGGCCAGCCUUCCUCGGCUCUCCCGGGAGCGGCGGGCCCGGUCCCCCCGGGCUGGAUCAUGGUGAACACCCGCAAGAGCUCUCUGCGUCUUCUCGGGUCCAAGUCUCCCGGGCCGGGGCCUGGGCCUGGGACCGGAGCGGAGCCAGGGGCGACCGGAGGCAGCAGCCAUUUCAUCUCUUCUCGGACCCGCUCCUCCAAGACCCGCGCUGCCAGCUGCCCCGCCGCCAAGGCCGGGGGGAGCGGUGGCACCGGCGUCGCCCUGGAUGAGGCCCGGAAAGUUGAAGUUGAUGGUAGUUUAAGCGAUAGCCACGUUUCUCCUCCAGCCAAGCGCACUUUGAAACAACCUGAUUCUGUUUGCAAAGACAAAUCAAAAUCACGUGGUGCUGGUCAGCGAGAGGAAUGGAACAUAACCACUGGACAGACCAGGUUAACUUCUCAGCCUGCUGCUACGUUACCAAACGGACAUAGUAGCCUAUCCCUUCGAAGCCAUCCCCUGCGAGGGGAGAAGAAGGGAGAUGGGGAUCUCUCUUGUAUAAAUGGGGACAUGGAAGUCAGAAAAAGCUGUCGAUCCAGGAAAAACAGAUUUGAAAGCGUGAACCAGAGUUUGUUAUUUGACCAACUAGUAAAUAGCACUGCUGAAGCUGUACUGCAGGAAAUGGAUAACAUUAACAUUAGGCGGAAUCGUCGAUCAGGAGAAGUAGAGAGACUUCGAAUGUGGACAGAUACAGAAUUUGAAAACAUGGAUAUGUAUUCAAGAGUGAAAAGACGAAGAAAGUCAUUGAGAAGAAACAGUUAUGGCAUACAGAAUCAUCAUGAGGUUUCUACUGAAGGUGAAGAAGAAGAGUCUCAAGAAGAAGAUGGAGAUAUAGAAGUUGAAGAGGCAGAAGGAGAAGAAAAUGAUAGACCUUAUAAUUUGAGACAAAGAAAAACAGUGGAUCGAUACCAAGCACCCCCAAUAGUACCAGCUCAUCAAAAAAAGAGGGAAAACACAUUGUUUGAUAUUCAUAGAUCUCCAGCACGAAGAAGCCAUAUCAGGAGAAAGAAGCAUGCCAUUCAUAGUAGUGACACAACUUCGUCUGAUGAGGAACGGUUUGAAAGAAGGAAAUCAAAGAGCAUGGCAAGAGCAAGAAACAGAUGUUUGCCUAUGAACUUCAGAGCAGAAGACUUAGCUAGUGGUAUUCUCCGAGAACGAGUGAAAGUGGGUGCAAGCUUGGCUGAUGUUGAUCCAAUGAACAUUGAUAAAUCAGUACGAUUUGAUAGCAUAGGUGGACUGAGCCACCAUAUUCAUGCACUAAAGGAAAUGGUGGUAUUCCCACUUUUAUAUCCAGAAAUUUUUGAAAAGUUUAAAAUUCAGCCUCCAAGGGGCUGUUUGUUUUACGGUCCUCCUGGUACAGGUAAAACUUUGGUUGCCAGAGCAUUAGCUAAUGAAUGCAGUCAAGGAGACAAAAAGGUGGCUUUUUUUAUGCGAAAAGGAGCAGAUUGUUUGAGCAAGUGGGUUGGUGAAUCUGAAAGACAACUUAGACUUCUUUUUGAUCAGGCAUAUUUGAUGAGACCAUCUAUAAUAUUUUUUGAUGAAAUAGAUGGAUUAGCUCCAGUUCGCUCUAGUAGACAAGAUCAGAUCCACAGCUCUAUAGUCUCAACUCUGCUUGCCCUUAUGGAUGGAUUAGAUAAUAGGGGUGAAAUUGUUGUUAUUGGUGCUACAAACAGACUUGACUCCAUAGAUCCUGCACUCAGGAGACCUGGUCGUUUUGACAGAGAGUUCCUUUUCAAUUUGCCUGAUCAAAAGGCAAGAAAACACAUUUUACAGAUCCAUACCAGGGACUGGAAUCCAAAAUUAUCUGAUGCUUUUUUAGAUGAAUUGGCUGAAAAAUGUGUUGGCUACUGUGGAGCUGACAUCAAGGCACUGUGCACGGAAGCUGCCCUCAUUGCCCUCCGGAGGCGUUACCCACAGAUCUAUGCCAGCAGCCACAAGCUGCAACUGGAUGUGUCCUCCAUAGUGCUCAGUGCCCAGGACUUCUACCAUGCAAUGCAGAACAUUGUGCCUGCUUCCCAGCGUGCUGUGAUGUCUUCGGGACAUGCGUUGUCCCCCAUUAUAAGACCUCUGCUAGAAAGAAGCUUCAAUAACAUCCUUGCAGUUUUGCAAAAAGUGUUUCCUCAUGCUGAAAUUAGCCAGAGUGACAAGAAGGAAGACAUAGAAACUCUGAUUGUAGAUGAUAGUGAAGAUGAAAAUGCUUUGUCAAUUUUUGAGACUAGCUGUCACUCAGAAUCACCAAAGAAACAGUCGUCAGCUGCUGCUAUCCAUAAAUCCUACCUGCAUUUUACAAUGUCACCUUAUCAUCAGCCAACCUCUUAUCGGCCACGAUUGUUGCUGUCUGGAGAACGAGGUUCAGGUCAAACGUCCCACCUUGCUCCAGCACUUCUUCAUACUUUGGAAAGGUUCUCUGUGCAUAGGCUAGAUCUCCCAGCACUUUACUCAGUUAGUGCCAAAACACCUGAAGAAUCGUGUGCACAGAUUUUUCGUGAAGCUCGGAGAACAGUACCGAGUAUUGUUUACAUGCCUCACAUUGGUGAUUGGUGGGAAGCUGUCAGUGAAACUGUGAGAGCAACUUUUCUGACUUUGCUGCAAGACAUACCAUCAUUUUCACCUAUAUUUUUAUUGUCUACCUCUGAAACCAUGUACAGUGAACUGCCUGAAGAGGUUAAAUGUAUCUUUAGAAUUCAGUAUGAAGAGGUGUUAUAUAUUCAAAGGCCUAUUGAAGAAGACAGAAGAAAAUUUUUCCAAGAAUUAAUUCUCAAUCAGGCCUCAAUGGCUCCACCACGAAGGAAACACACUGCUCUUUGUGCUAUGGAAGUGCUUCCUCUUGCACUGCCUUCUCCACCUCGUCAGUUAUCCGAAUCAGAAAAAACUCGGAUGGAGGACCAGGAGGAAAACACUCUGCGAGAGCUGCGGCUGUUCCUCAGGGAUGUGACCAAGAGGCUGGCUGCAGAUAAACGCUUCAACAUCUUCAGCAAACCGGUGGAUAUUGAAGAGGUUUCAGAUUAUCUAGAAGUAAUCAAGGAACCAAUGGAUUUAUCAACAGUGAUAACUAAAAUUGAUAAACAUAAUUACUUGACUGCUAAGGAUUUUCUGCAAGAUAUUGACCUCAUCUGUAGCAAUGCUUUAGAGUACAAUCCCGACAAGGACCCAGGAGAUAAAAUAAUUAGGCACAGAGCUUGUACCCUGAAGGACACUGCACAUGCCAUAAUUGCAGCUGAAUUGGAUCCAGAGUUUAAUAAACUCUGUGAAGAAAUUAAGGAAGCCAGAAUAAAAAGAGGCUUAUCAGUAACAGCAGAACAAAUAAAUCCUCAUGGUACUGCAGCUCGGAAGACAGAAACGAGAGUUGAAGAGGCAUUUCGGCACAAACAAAGAAAUCCAAUGGAUGUCUGGCACAAUUCUGCAAAUAAAUGUGCAUUUCGGGUUCGGAGAAAAUCAAGGCGACGAUCGCAGUGGGGUAAAGGAAUUAUUAAGAAAAGAAAGGUCAAUAAUUUAAAAAAAGAUGAAGAAGACACCAAAUUUGCAGACUUUGAGAACCAUUCGGAGGACAGGAAGUUGCUGGAAAAUGGCGAGUUUGAGAUAAACACUGACUGCCAUGAGGAGAAUGGAGAAGAAACUGGAGACCUGUCUAUGACCAAUGAUGAGUCGUCGUGUGACAUCAUGGACAUGGAUCAGGGGCAGAGGCUUAGCAGUGGAGCAGGCACGAAAGAGAACUUUGCGUCCACUGAAGAGGAAAGUUCGAAUGAAUCUCUCCUUGUCAACAGCAGUGGUUCUCUCAAUCCAGAACAGACAUCUAGGAAAGAGCCUUUCCUUAAAGGAAACUGCCUCAAUGGUGAAGCUUCCACUGACAGCUUUGAGGGACUCCCAGCCAGGGCGUGUCAGAAUGGCAAAGCUGAAGUAGUUUCUCUCUGUAGUAGUAGGGAAAAAUGUAAUUCUGAACAAAAGAUUGUUAUGGAGGACCAGACUAGAGAAAAACCAGAAGCUUCGACGGAAGACCUUGGAAGAGAUCCCGAGAAACUAGAGGCCCUGCGGUGUGGCAGCGGUGAGAAGUUAGAGCCAACCUCUGAUCCAGGGACUAAAGACACAGAGCUGGAUCAAGAAGGUGCUUUUAAAGUAAAGAAAUGCCGUAAAUUAAUUUUAGAGCAGGCCAAAGCAACAAGCCUGGAACUGGUUCCAGAAGAGCCUUCGGAGCCUGUGCCGCCUCUCAAAGUGGACCGCGAGAGGCUGAAGAAAUUGCUUGAUUUGUUGGUAGAUAAAAGCAACAAUCUGGCAGUUGACCAGCUUGAGAGAUUAUAUUCUCUUCUUAGUCAGUGCAUCUACCGUCAUCGGAAAGAUUAUGACAAAUCACAACUUGUAGAGGAGAUGGAAAGAACAGUUCAUACGUUUGAGACAUUUCUAUGAACUUCUCAAGAUGAGUGGGUUACCGUCUCCAAUCUGCUCCUGACCGAGCAGCCUUCUGAGCCAUUCAACUUCGAAUUGCACCAAUUAUGUGCAGAGCCUCGGUGUAAAGUGCUCUCUCACUCAUUCUUCUCUGUUGAAUUUGGUGCUAUUGUCUCAGGUACCUGAAACCAACCAGCCUACAAGAACCAAACAGAACUUCAGAAACUUGUUGUAUUUUCCACAAAUAAAAAAUACAACCCCACAGCUUGGAGAUUUUGGUGCUACAGAAACUGCUUUCGCUUCUGCUCCUCUUCUUGUGCACUCUCUUUUGGAAGACUUCUCUCUGAGGGAGCAGACCAGCAAAUAGGAGGAAACUGGAUGAGGCAGUUCUAACUGUGUUGAAUUGUUUAAACAGCGGGCAUCCUGUUUUGGUUUCUGUUUUCUUUUCUUUUUUUUUUUUUUAGCCCCUUUUCUCAUAUUCCCUACCCCCUUUCUGGGUAAUGAACUGAUUCCUGUUUUAGAGUUGGCUCUGGUAUAUUCUGGUGGGAAAUUGAAGAAACUGGAUGAAAUUAGAUUAGGCUCUUUAGAACUGCCUUUAAUGUGCCUUUUAUUAAUUUGAGAAAGAUAAGGCUAAACUGAAUUAGCUUGUUUGUAAUGGAUAAAUUAGAGUGUUUUCUUUGGUCACAACCUUGAAAAUAAGUUUUGAUAACUCUGUGUCAUUAAAAGACAACUAACGUUUUGGCAUUAAAUGCCUGUUGCGUUCUCAAAGCGCAAUCAAGACACUCGGUAAGCCACAUAGUAUGCUAAAAUCGUUAAGUUUUCCUGUGUGGUCUGUUUCUGUUUAAGAAACAAAGUAAUAAUAAUUAUUUAAAAAAGAGAAAAUGUAAUACACAGUCAUGAGAAAAAUCACACUUUUCAGUAUUGCUGACAAUGGUGACCCCUAAUGAGUAGAUGACGACCAUUCUUUCUUCUGUCGGUGACAACUUAAUAGUUACUCAUGUUUGAGUUCCUAGAGAGAAAUGUACAGUAAAUUAUUACUGCUUUGUUUUAAAGCUGGAACUUGCCAAAUGGACAGAAAAGAGAGGAAUUUGUCAGAGUCUCCGUGAAAUUCAUUUUCUGGUUGUGUAAUUAAUUGCCAGUGAAUGCUGGUAUGGUCCUUGAAUAUCAGUGUUACUGCUUAAAUCCCUUCCCAUAAGCUGACCUUCACAGCUCUUCAUUUUGGUAGGAACUCAUUUUGGCUAUUGCUGAGUGAUUUCUGUGAAUUGUAUUUAUCUGAAAUUAAUUAUGGGUUACUAGUUUUACAAAACUUUCUGCAAAUUUGGAGGCACAGUCUAGGCAGUUGCAAAGAGGCAAAGGGAGUGCAGUGAGAUUUUUUUUUUUAUCAGAUGAUUUUUAAAUAAGUUAGAAAAUUAUGCUGACAAGUUGGCUUGCUAUCUUGAUUCAUUAUAGCUAUGGGCCGCAGGUGUGUCUUUCCAAUAUAUGCAACACAUGUAGUUUGCGUUUUAAUUAGGGCAAAUGGUCUUGGACUACUGCAGAGAUAUUGAGCUACCUCAGCUUUUUGUAAUUUAGUUACAGUUACCAGCAGUGUUUGCAGAGUCCUGGAAUGACUUUGACACCGUGGACUCGCAGAAGCUAAGGUACCGGUCUCCUUGUCUCUGGCUGUUUUGUGGAGGGCAGGAAGCACACUGCGGCAGUCGUGUCCUGCAGUGAUCCCAAGUGCUUCUUCGCAUUUACAUCGAAUGCCUUCUAAUACUAGCUUAAUUUUUUUAAAAUGCCACUUGUUUUCUUUAUGCUUAAUGAAGUUUUCAUAAUAUUCAGUUAGUUAUGUAAUUCAAGAUGCUAACCAUGUAGACACACUGUAUUUUUUAAGGUGGGCAAGUGCGAUUAUAAUGAACCAUUUUAAAGGGGAGGUUAUUUGAAACCUCUAAUUUGAUUAUUGGGAGGAUUUUCAUGCUUUCUUUAGUAUUUAUUACCAUCAUACUGGUUCAGACUAUUUUACUGUCUAAUACAUUAUUAGCAUUUUGUAUUUUGAUGGAAAUUGUUACAGAAUUUAAAGAUUUGAUGAAAUAAGAUGUAGCAGAUUUUUUGUAGUAAGUUUCUGGUAAAAGGGUUUUUUGCAAGUCUCAGGUUCUUGCUGCACUAUUUUUUUUUAACUAUUUAUUCCAGUUACUCUAAUUCAGCAGCAUUCUGUUCAAGUAACAGCAGCACUUGUGAAAGGAAAAAAAAAACGCACAUGUUCUUAGUAGGUUACUAAAUUUGUACACGUUAAUUAAGAUUUUAGCCAUCAGUGAGUUUGACAAGAGAAAUUUAUUUAUGUUUGGCAUUAAAAUGCUUUAAAGGUCUUUUUAAAAUUUUUAAUCUUUAAUGUAAAUGAGAAAAUUGGAGACAACCUCAAUAUAGGAACUGCCAUUUUGAACAGUAUAGGUCUUAAAGAGAAAGCCAGUCUAACGCCAAGGGGAGAAAAAAAUGGCUGACAUUGUACCAACUCUUCUGAUCCCCUUUCCCUCCAAAAAGAAGUACUCUAUAGCAGUUUUGCUUAUGUUACCGAGACAUCUGGUGGUCCUAUAGUUUAAAGCAGCUUGUAAAAUUAUCCAGGUAGACUUGGUUUUGUUUCCCUUUCUGUAAGUUCUUGAUUUUGCUGUACAGCAUUGGCAAAACCGUGUAUAAAUUGACCUCUUAUUUCCUAUUGUGAGCAUUAUAAAUGAUAAGCUCCUGUGUAAAACUUUACUCCCGGUUCCCUAGAAUAUGUGUCACAGCCCAGCCCAGCAAAUAUUUCGUGCUCGGCUGUGGGAUCUCGGGAGCUGUUUUGAAUAUGAUGGAACCACAUUAAGGUUGAAACUGAUGGCUGUGGAAUUAAUUGUGUUUUUGAGCUUGAAUCUCACCUGUGAUUAAUUUUUAAUGUUCUUUCAUGACUUGAUUUUUUUUUCAUAUGCCAAUGUAUUUGUAGGUUUAUUGGAUUUAUUUUUUAGGGAGCGGGGUGGUAAUUUCUUCUCUCUUUUCUUUUAAUUGAGUUGGAUCAGCUAUGGUGCUAUUCAGUAGGUAUCUUCAGUGUCAGUUCCCGUAGCUGAAUGCCAUUGUUAUUAUAAUUAUUAUUUGUAAUCAUAUUGUAAGCUUGCAUUUGGGCUUAUACCUGCAUCUUUUGUAUUUUGUACAUUUGGUUACUUAGACGUUGGGAGUCCUAAUUGGUUUCAGUCAUGUAAGUCUACUUUGUAGAUCAAGUAGGCUUCAUCAACUAUGUUCUGUUUUGGGUUAUGUAGUUUAAUUUAGAAUUGUGUUAAAAUGAUGUUUUGCAUUUGACUUCAUUUUACAUUAGUUUGAAGUAAAUUAUUUAAUUUUUGAAUUAUGGAAUUUGAACAUUUACUGUAAUUUGUAAUAUAACUGCUGUGAAAUACUUGAAUAAAGAUGAUAAGAAAA